AUGUCUGCCCUCAUCCCUGGGAGUGAGGUACCUGUAGGAAACUGUGCAGAUGGGGCCAGCAUCCUCACCAGCCCUCCUUUUAGGCAAAUACUGUGCCAUGAUCCUGAUCUUACUCAGAAAGUAAGACUGUGCAGAGUAGCUGAGUUUCAGAGGGAAGUUGAUGAGACUGAGGGUGGGAGAGUCAGAGCAGCCAGGAUGCCUCAAGGGGGCCUUCUGAAACUAGCUCAGUGUAGUACAAAGAGGUGGGAUCUGGAUCCUAAGCUCUGUCUUGGCAUUAAGUGUAUGACUUUAAGUUCCUUUUCAAGGGACUCUAGGAUGAGGUGA